CGGUAAUCGGCUAUGCGAGUUGUGGGAGCGAGGCUGUGAGGAGGAACUGAAAGACUCAGUGACAGACCGCCGGCGCCCAGAGUUACCUUAGAUUUACCUGCGGAUUUCGGCCUCGGCCCACCACCUAUGAAACCCUUAAAUAGCUAAUUGCGAAAUUUUGAUGCCUGCCUCUGAGUCCCUCCCCCAGACCCACUAUGCCAGCCGCAACAGUGGACCACAGCCAGCGAAUUUGCGAAGUCUGGGCUUGCAACCUGGAUGAUCAGAUGAAAAGAAUCCGACAAGUUAUACGCAAGUAUAAUUACGUUGCAAUGGACACAGAGUUUCCAGGGGUUGUGGCGAGACCAAUAGGAGAAUUCCGAAGCAAUGCUGACUAUCAAUACCAGCUUCUACGAUGUAACGUUGACCUGUUAAAGAUCAUACAGUUAGGGCUGACAUUUAUGAAUGAACAAGGAGAAUACCCACCAGGAACCUCCACGUGGCAAUUUAAUUUUAAAUUUAAUUUAACGGAAGACAUGUACGCCCAAGAUUCCAUAGAGCUGCUCACAUCCUCUGGGAUCCAGUUUAAAAAGCACGAGGAGGAAGGCAUUGAAACCCAGUACUUUGCAGAGUUAUUUAUGACGUCUGGGGUAGUACUUUGUGAAGGAGUAAAAUGGCUUUCCUUUCACAGUGGCUAUGACUUUGGCUACCUAAUAAAAAUUCUGACAAAUUCAAACUUGCCUGAGGUAGAACAAGACUUUUUUGAAAUCCUGCGUCUGUUUUUCCCUGUGAUAUACGAUGUCAAAUACCUGAUGAAAAGCUGCAAAAAUCUCAAGGGUGGACUGCAGGAAGUGGCCGAGCAGCUGGAACUUGAGCGGAUUGGCCCUCAGCAUCAGGCAGGAUCUGACUCCUUACUUACAGGGAUGGCAUUCUUCAAAAUGAGAGAAAUGUUCUUCGAAGAUCACAUAGAUGAUGCAAAAUACUGCGGCCAUUUAUACGGCUUGGGCUCGGGGUCUUCUUACGUACAGAACGGUACAGGCAACGCAUAUGAAGAGGAAGCCAAUAAACAAUCUUGACACCAA